AUGGAGGUCAUCCAGCAGCUCGUGUUUUCACUACUUGCAUUUUGGUGCAUGGUAGUUAAAAUACAUGCUGCUCUGUAUGACAGAACAUUGCAAGCGGCAAAGAGAAAUACAGCAGAAAAGAGAAGAAAACUUCAAUCUUGGAUCUUGAGCCGGGAGGAGAAAUACAGCCUUGUGCGACAAAGACAAAGACAAAGACGGCAGAUACUUCUCCUUUCGUUAAAGCAGCGCCGCCGACCAGUCAUUUGGGCUCUACCCCGUUCAAAUGAGUGGUGGGAUGUGACCGUCCUUGGAUUUACACACACACAGUGGCUGCGCAAUUUCAGAAUGUCGGAGGAAACCUUUGGAUACCUUUGUGCAAAGGUAAGUCCAGCAAUGAAGAAGCAAAGCACCAACUUCAGAGCUAGUUUGCCAGUGAAGAAAAGAGUUGCCAUUGCACUGUGGAAGCUGGCUACCAACAGUGAAUACCGAAGUAUAGGCCACCUUUUCGGUGUGAGCAAAUCAACAGUGUGCCGGUGUGUGCAGGACUUCUGUAAGGCUGUCUGCACUUUGCUAGCUCCUGAGAUUGUUCAUUUUCCAGACAGUGAAAAGCUAAAAGACAUGGCUAACUACUUUGAGGACAGGUGGGGCCUUCCACAGUGUGUUGGCGCUAUUGAUGGUUCACACAUACCAAUAAUAGCACCACAAGUAUACCACACUGACUAUUUUAACCGCAAAGGCUGGCAUUCCAUCAUCCUCCAGGGAGUAGUGGAUGGAAAAGGACUAUUCUGGAGUGUGAAUGUGGGAAAACCUGGAAGUUUGCAUGAUGCUCGAGUUCUAAGAUUGUCAACAUUUUGGGACUGGGUGGGCCAGGGAGGCCUGUACUCUGGUCACACUAGGAACAUUUCAGGGGUGAAUGUUGGCUAUUAUGUGCUCGGGGAUUCUGCAUACCCUUUACAAAAUUGGCUCCUGAAACCAUUUGCUGACAAUGGCCGCCUGACACCAGAACAGCAAAUCUACAACAGGAAAACAUCCAGGGCAAGGGUGGUUGUGGAGAAUGCAUUUGGAAGACUAAAGGGUAGAUGGCGGUGUCUUAUGAAAAGGAAUGACAGUGACAUUGAACUUGCAAAAGCCAUGGUGCUUACUUGCUGUGCUCUUCACAAUAUUUGUGAAAGACAUGGAGAAGACUUCUACCAGGACUGGAAUACGAAUGCAGAAGAGCCAGUACGGGUAGUAGCACAGGAUAUGGAGGAAGAGUGCAAUGAGGUACGUCAGGCUCUGAUGCGACACCUUAACACUUAA